CAUAAAAUAUGAUACUUACUUUUUAAAAGAAGUGAGAUUUAUGUAUUUAACGCCUUAUUAUCCAAUAAUCAAUUGAUUCUCGUGCAUGUGUAUAUAGCAAGUGACGCUUCCAAAAUGGCUGCACUAUUAUUUGCUGUAAAGUCGGAUACACUAAAGUACCUUCCUUGGAUCAAUCUUUGCAUAUUUAUGGUGUUAAAUAUUUAUUUUUUUAUUCAGUGUUCAGAAGCAUCAGAUGCUCCAGUUGUAGCACCAUUUAUGUUUCCUCCAGCGCUUAAAGAAGGUGAAAGAGGAAGCGCUAUAUGUACCAUAAAAUCAGGCGAUAGACCCCUAGAUUUCAAAUGGCUCAAAGAUGGAUCUGAAAUUCAAGAAUCCCAAAAUGUUAAGAUUCAGUCUGUGAUGGAUUCUUCAUUUUUAGUAAUAGAAGCAGUCACGUCGCAGAGCUCUGGCAAUUAUACUUGCAUAGUAAAAAAUACUUUCGGAAGUGACCACUUUACCGCAACUUUAAUGGUAUCAGCUCCUCCAAAAUGGGUGAUUCAACCGUUUGAUAUACAGACUCAAGAAGGGAAGACAGAAUCUGUGCCAUGUAAAGCAACAGGAGUGCCAUCUCCAAAAAUAAAAUGGAAAUUUGGUGAACAAAUGGAAACAGAAAUAUCAGAAGACUCUAAUCAAAUGGUUUAUGUUUCGAAGAACGGCUCUUUGGUGUUAAAUAAGGUGGAUUCUUCUAUGAAAGGUUCUUACACAUGUGUAGCUGAUAACAAUUUUGGUGCACCACUGAAGAAAAUUAUCUUUAUAUCAGUUAGUGGUAAGUUAGACAGGUAA